AUGCUGGCAGUGCGACAAAUACUGAAAAUAUGGUUUGCCGAUAAUACAGCAGCUACUACACAGCAUUAUGUGCUUAGCUAUCACCUAGUUAGGUGCAAGUCUCAGGGAAAAGAAGAGCUUUUUGGAAUAAUUUACGGUGAAGAAGCCUUAAGAGCAAAAACAAAAUCAGGCCUCUGCUGCAAUGCCUUAGCUGGACCAAUUGUUGAUCCACAUGUGAUGGCAGUUUGGGGCAAGAAAGUUGCACUGAAAUGCAUAAUUGAUGUAAAUGAAACGAUUACACAAGUUUCUUGGGAGAAGAUGUAUGGUAAAAGUGCACGGACUAUUGCUGUUCAUCAUCCUGAAUAUGGAAUUUCUAUUCAAGGAGAAUACCAAGGAAGAGCAGCAUUUAAAAAUUACUCGCUUACUGAUGCAACACUCAUCGUAAAAAAUGUAAGCUUUUCGGAUGCAGGAGAAUAUAUUUGCAAGGCAGCUACCUUUCCCCUUGGAAAUGCACAGUCAUCAACAAUUGUAACAGUACUAGUUGAACCUGUUGUGAGCUUAACAAAAGGAUCAAAUCCUCUGAUAGAUGGUGCAAAUCAGACAGUAGCAGCAAUUUGUACAGCAGCCGUUGGAAAACCUGCUGCAGAGAUUGACUGGGAAGGAGGUCUUGGUGAAAUGGAAUCCAGCUCUACUUUGUUUCCCAAUGAAACAGUGACAGUUGUAAGUCAGUACAUCAUUGUCCCGACAAGGUUUGCAAGAGGAAGACGUAUAACAUGUGUUGUGAGGCACCCGGCUUUGGAAAAGGAGAUAAGAUAUUCUCAAGUGUUGGACAUACAGUAUGCCCCAGAAGUUUCUGUAACUGGCUAUGAUGGAAACUGGUUCAUUGGAAGAGAAAAUGUUCAACUCAGAUGUAAUGCUGAUGCAAAUCCUUUACCUAUGGAACUUACGUGGACCAGACUGGAUGGGCAAUGGCCUGAAGGAUUGCUCUCUGUCAACAACACUCUGCAGUUCACCAGCCCAUUGACUUACAACUACACUGGAACUUACAUCUGUAAGGUGACCAAUUCCCUUGGUCAGAGAAGUGAUCAGAAGACUAUUUACAUAUUGGAUGUGCCAUAUAAGCAGACAUCCUCUGUUGCUGUAGCAGGGGCUGUGAUUGGAGCAGUCCUUGCUCUUUUUAUCAUUACCAUCUUUGUGACAGUGCUGCUGACUCCACGGAAGAAAAGGCCAUCGUAUCUUGACAAAGUGAUUGAUCUUCCACCCACUCACAAACCAUCCUCUUCAUGUGAGGAUAGAGUGUUCUCUGUACCACAGAAAGAAGCUAUGCUGCAGAGAGAAAAUUUUGCUUCGCAAAGCCAGUACAGAGAGAGAGAUACUGGAAGUUUGCAGUAUAUGAAAGCUGUGAAUGGAAGACAACUUAACUACGAGCCUGAAGAACCCCAGGAACAUGAGAGCCUUCAGCACCCGUACCCUGUUUAUGAGCAAACAUACUACAAAAAUUGGAAUAGUAGACACCUUCAGAGCUCAGGGUCUGGAAGUGUCUACAUCAAUCCCAGGGAGCAUUAU